CUACUACGUGCUUUGCAUGCAUGGGUUUAAAUUUCUUGUUUCACUGUCGUUGUAAAAGAAGAAUCCCUGUUAUAUAUCUUGUGAUGCCUCCAUAGUUCCACCUGUGCAACAUGAAUAACCGAGGCAAGAUUAUAAUCGCUUCCGAAUGUUAUGCGCAGAACCGAUGCGCAGUGGAUAGCGCUUCUGCUUUCAAAGAUUCUUUAUAGCUUGUAUUUGUUAAACAAUAUUGUAGAAAACGCAUAGCCAUAGCUUUAAACUUUUGUUGUAAAAAUGGAUGACGACGUUGCAGCAUUAGUUAUUGAUAAUGGAUCUGGUAUGUGCAAGGCUGGUUUUGCUGGAGACGAUGCGCCAAGAGCUGUAUUCCCCUCCAUCGUCGGUCGUCCUCGCCAUCAAGGUGUGAUGGUUGGUUCGGGUAACAAAGACUCGUAUGUUGGCGAUGAAGCUCAAGAAAAAGGAAGCAUCCUGUCCUUAAAAUACCCCAUCGAACACGGCAUCGUCACAAACUGGGACGAUAUGGAAAAGAUAUGGCAUCACACAUUCUACAACGAACUCCGAGUUGCACCAGAAGAAUAUCCCGUACUUCACACAGAGGCACCGUUUAACCCUAAAGCCAACCGUGAAAAAAUUACUUCGAUCAUGUUUGAGACAUUUAACACCCCAGCUAUGUACGUAACUAUCCCGGCUGUGUUAUCCCUCUAUGCUUCUGGUCGUGUCACAGGAUUCGUGUUUGACAGUGGUGAUGGUGUCUCCCACGCUGUGCCAGUAUACGAAGCUUAUGCUUUACCUCAUGCAAUCCUUCGUUUCGAUUUGGCUGGUAUUCAUCUGGCUGAUUACCUGACGAUGAUCUUGACUGAGAGAGGUUACUCUUUCACCACAACUGCCGAAAGGGAAAUCCUCAAAGAUAUCAAGGAAAAGUUGACCUACGUUGCUUUAGAUUUUGAGCUGGAGAUGGAAGCUGCCGCCAACAGUUCGGGGAAACAGCAUUUUGAGAAAACCUACGAGCUUCCUGAUGGCCAGGUUAUCACCAUCGGAAACGAGCGAUUCCGAUGUCCGGAGGCACUCUUCCAACCAUCAUUCCUCGGAAUGGAAUCGGCUGGUAUCCACGAGACCUGCUAUAACUCCAUCAUGAAGUGCGAUGGCGACAUCUGGGAUGAUCUCUACGGUAACAUCGUGUUGUCUGGUGGUUCCACCAUGUUUCCUGGUAUUGCUGAGAGGCUGCAGAGGGAAAUUACGCUCCUUGCUCCACGAAAAAUGAAGAUCAAGGUGAUCGCUCCACCUGAAAGAAAGUACUCUGCCUGGAUCGGAGGCUCCAUGGUGGCCUCUCUUUCUACCUUUGAAAAUAUGUGCAUCUCGAAAGCUGAAUACGACGAAGCUGGACCUUCCAUAGUCCACAGAAAAUGCUUCUAAGUGACGCUUUAUCAAAAACAUCAGUAGUUUGCAGUUACAAUUUUUUUCCAAAGUUUCCACCUUCGAACAGAUGUGGAUCUCAAAAAAGAAUACGAUAAAUCUGGACCGUCCGUCGUUCACCGAAUUAAGUAGUUAUAGUACAUAGGUUGUAUAUGUAACUGUAAACCAACGUCACUUUCAUCUAAAGUGGGUCAUAUUACGACAUGAAAGAAGCUGCAAAUUGAUGGCUGUUUUGCAGCUUAUAUGAAACUGCAAUAUCAGCUAGAAAUCGGAGGUUCUUAGCACAGAGAGCCAAUCAGAUUGCACGUUAGCUCAUAUCCAGCGCUUGUGUGUAUAUAAUAAUGCACAUAUGAACUGUUCACUCAUUACGCCAACUCACUCGUUCACAUCACUCAAAAGAAGGCGUUGCUUGAAAAAUUAUCCAUUGGUUCGUAAACACAUUAUCUUGUUUUACACGUAAACACAUUAAGGAGUUUAAAAUUAGUGACGACGCCAGCUUGACAACGCGCUUGCAAAACAAAGAGAUAAUACCCUA